UAGUAUGAACAAAAGUUGACGGGGAGAACUUACUUCUGGAAUUCGUCACUUCAAUCCGAGUUUGAGACAGUAGAACUCCAUAGCCAAACACCAUCUAGUCCGCCACUGGAGUAUAGCAAUUCCAAUCAGCCGAGCAUACCCCAAAGCUAAACACUCACUUGGCAGUUGGCGGCACAUGUCCAAAACCCCCAAUACAAAGGCGAAGAUCUCAACCUCAAAAAGCAGAGUCAAUUUGAGAUAUGUUGAUAGUUGUGGUAGCGGUUUUGUUGAGUGUCUUGCUGGGAGCUUUACUUGUGAUCCCACAGUUGAAAAAGACUGGUAAUUCGAAAACUGCUCAGAAAAGUUCUACGAGUAAGGUUUCCAAAACUUACACCAAAGCUGAAAUUUCUUUACAUAACAAGAAGACUGAUUGUUGGAUCAUAAUCAAAGACAAGGUUGUGUAUGAUGUCACCUCAUAUGUAGAGGAGCAUCCUGGUGGUGAUGCCAUUCUAGCUCAUGCAGGGGAUGAUUCAACUGAAGGGUUUUUUGGGCCACAGCAUGCAACCCGGGUUUUUGACAUGAUUGAUGACUUCUACAUUGGAGAUUUGGAGCAUUAGUUGCAUUUGAGCCAUUGAUUUAGUGAAACUAUAAUGAGAGCUGUAUUGUGAGAUUCUCCCCUCUCGGCUUUCCAAUAUCUGGUGAUGUUAUCUCCAUUAAUUGCAUUUUACAUAACCCUGUAUGGGGUUUUAACUGAAUAAUAUUCUUGUUUCUUAAGCAUUAUGGGGAUAUAUGGUAAUGUUGGUGAUUUAGUUGAUUAAGCUGCAUUAAAGAAAGGCCCCAUUCAUGUUGUUGAGGUUGAA